GCACCGUCAAUAACGCCCCGGCGAGUCAUGCUGACACCGACAGUGCAGAAGUAUUAUUAAACUCACUCAAAUGAUGUCUUCUGCUUAAGCCUUUCAGCUUUUUGACUGUAAUUCUGCUUCCAAGAUCCACCAUGUAUAGAAAGAAACACGCGAAAGACAAAGCCAGCGCUGAAGACGAGGCCUCGAAAAGCACAGGACCGACACCAAAUGAAACACUGCCUGUUCACACCUUUGAUGAAUAUCAGUGCACAGGAAAUGUGGAGAUUGACUUCCCUGCGCUGUGUGCUCUUCUGGACAUGAAGGAUAUCCCAGCUGUCAGCACCAAGUACCCAGACUCCUCCACCAAUCAGACUGAAGGAGGUGACAAAGAUAACGAUUUAGAGACAAACGAUGCUCCGUUCUGCCCAAAGCCCUGCUUAAAAGUGGAGCUGGAGAGUAAAGACAGAGCCAAGAGCAUGAAGAUUUCUGGAUGGAAGGUGAAUGAGCAGACUUUCCAAGUGUUACAGAAGAUACUCCCCUCCAUGAACCAGCUACUGAGCCUUCGGUUUUGGCAGGCGGGACUGACAGAUCACAUGGUGAUCUCCUUCAUGAACACAAUACCUCUGUGCUCCAGCCUCAGGGUUGUGGCACUGGAAGGCAAUGUUCUUCCAGAGCAAGGCUACCACCUUCUUCUCUCUAAGGACAGCACCCUCACUCACUUGUCCCUGAGAAAUAACCGGAUAGGAGACGAAGGCGCUCGCCUGAUUGGUUUGGAGCUUUCAACGGCCAAAUCUGCUAACAAACACCUCCUGUCACUCAACAUGGCGUUCAACUCUAUAGGCGAUGCAGGCGCUGCACAUAUCGCUCAGGGCCUGCGGCUGAAUCGAACUUUGCUCUUUCUCUCGCUGUCCAACAAUCGGAUUGGAGAUCAAGGAGCUGCUCGUCUGGCUGCGGUACUUGGUGAGUUUGCCUUAACUCAUGAAGAAAUAGUGGAGAGGAGGAAGCUGCUUCUGCAGAGAGCACAAGCUGCUAUAGUUAAGGAUGAGCCUCACCAAGCAUCUGUCGACCAGCUUGCAUUAGUUUCCAGCACCACUUCACUGGGUGUCAACAAAGGGGAGACCAAAGGCGCCAACAAAAAAAAGGAAGCAGCCAGAAAAGAAGAGAAACCAGCUGCCAGCAAAGACAGCCAAAAGCCUAACAAGAAAAGCACGGAUACAAGGGCACCUCAAGCUAGAGGUGAGAAGGCAGGGGGCAAAGAGAAACAACCUGCAGAAGAGGAUAAAUCAAAUACUUCCCUGAAUGAGGCGGAGUCGGUGGAUACAGUGAACCCCCUGCUGGACCCAUCGGUGCAUCGCAGGGACGGACAACUCUUCCUGCCCGGAAACACGACUCUCACCUCCCUCAACCUGGCAGGAAACAGAAUCACAGAGAAGUCGCUGCCUCUCUUCCUGGUGUCGCUGGAGACGCAGGGCGACGGAGGAGGUCUGCUGCGUCUCUGUCUGCAGAGAAACCUUUUCCCACCAGGAAGUCAAUGUUACGUGAAGAUAAAGGAACUGAUCCCCUAGAUCCUCUAGAAAAAAAAAACAUUUCAGAAGAGGAGGGGAGCAUAGAGAGGUCGAGAGAAUUGCCAUCUACUUUGUC